UUGGUUAGUUAGUUAGUUAUAGUUCGCACUUCGCUAUGUAACAAAGCAUCACGUAUAUUUCAAAGCCGAUUUAAUUUUAACAGUUUUAAAUUGUAAUUAGAAUUAGAUAAAAAAUAAGUGAUAGUGAAUUGGAAUUUUUAAUGUAUCAACAAAUUGUGUACAAAGAUUUUAUUAUGUACAACGCACUUCGCUAUGUGAAAAAGCAUCGCGUAUAUUUCGAAGCCGAUUUAAUUUUAACAGUUUUAACACUUUUAAACAUACAGUUGUACAUUGUAAUUAGAAUUAUAUAAAAAAUAAAUGAAUUGGACUUUUAAAUGUAUCAACAAGUUUUGUACAGUGCAUCUUAAAUAUACGGAUUACGGAAAUCGGAAAUUAUACUCAGUGUUCAGAGAUUUCUGCGAAUACACAAUAUAGAAAUAGAAGCGCUUCAAAGUAAAAAAAGCCACAAUGAAGAGAUGCGUUUUUAGAAACUGUGGUAACACUUGCCGGAACACCAAAACUUGUGAAUUACAAAGAAUAGUUUUUUUUUGCUUUCCUGGAGAUCCGUAUAUAUGCGCACAAUGGACAUCUGUAGUUGCAGAAGAAAGAAAAGAACAAUUAUACCAGCCAACUGAAUCAUCAUAUGUAUGUUCAAUUCAUUUUGACGAAACGGACAUAUUACAUACGGACGACGACAAAACUUGGCUACGAGUGGAAGCUGUUCCCAAAUUUCGGAAGCCGAAAGCUGGUAGCGACAGAAAAUUUCACGUUGUCCAGGCUACAGAUAACUUCAAUGAUGCUCUCUUAGAUAAUUACGCAUGCAUUCCAUCUAAAUGGAUACGGUACGGUCCAGACAGUUCGACGGUUGUUGUUGCAUAUCCGAACGACAAGGAUCCUUUGAAAGCUAAAAUACGAGCUAAAUACAGAAAAAAAGUUAGUAGCAACUGGAACCGUUAUGUGGCAAAAAUCAAAUACAAAACCGAUUCUUUUAAAGAUGGAGAAAAUUGGAUAAUGAAAAAGAAGGCCGGGAAAAACCCUCCUAAUACAAAAGAAGAAGACAAAGGCUUGGAAGUUUCAGAUCCUAAAGCUGAGAUUCAAUCAAUGAAUAAGAAAUUGACAAGCGUCAACCAAACUUCUUCUUCGCCUCGUGAAAAUAAUCAAAAUCCUUCUCCAAGUACGUCAUUCAAGAGACCACAUAAUCAAGCAAUAAAAGAAGUUAAUCCAAAACGGACAAAAGUAGAUAAAUCUGGAGAGUUUACGAAAGUUACCGUAAACAACCCAGUAUCUGCAUGUAUGGAAGGAAAUCAAUCGAUGAUAAUCAACGAGAAGCAUGCAGCAAGCGAUGAUUCACAUGCAACGGCUAAUCAACCAAGCAAUGAGCAUCAAGUGGAUCGAAAGCCACGUAGCCAUGAAACGGUAGCUAAUAAGUCAACCCACAUAGGUCGAAGCAAAGGAAUCCACCUCAAAGAUGAUGAUAGUUUUUCCCAGACUAACGCAUCUGUACCGAAAAAUGUUCCAACGAAUUUUGUUUCUAAACAUCACGAAGCAUGUGAAACAAUUGUUGGGGUCAAUGACAGCAACUGUAAUGCAGAAUUACCUUCUGCAAGUAAUUCAUCAGUUACGGCGAAAGAUGAACCAUCAUCGACAGGAAUGCAGACACUGUCUAGGCUAACAUUGCAAAAUAUUUUACAUAUGUUAUCAAACCUAAUUAACAUCAAUUUAAGUCAAUUAUUAGCGAUGGAGAAUAACUUACGAAACUCUAUGAAUCAGAUUACUGAGAUGUACGAAAAAGCUCUAGAAUCAGAGGCAUCCAAUGCGAGUGAUGACUCUUUUAAUAUUAAACUUCCGGCAUCCAACAUUGUGUUAUCAGAAACUUCUCAAAUUUCUGAAGAGAAGCAAGCUGAAGCAAUAAGCAAUAGUCUUUGUAUAAAAGAAGAUAUCUAUGAAGCACCAAGAGAACACUAUAACUUACGCUAUGCCAUUGUUAUGCCACUUGAAUACGAUCCGAAUAAUUCAAAGUGGACUCUAAAUCAUCCAGAGUUCCAACCUGGACUCGAAGAACUCCUUCCUCGUACAGGCAUUUACGUUGACUCCAUACAGCUUGCAUAUUGUAAGCAGUCGUCGAAUGAUUGCAAUACAUUAGCGGAGAUGUUAUUACCGGUAGUUUUCAGUUUAGGCGCGCUGAGUGUAUGCACUUUGAUCAGUGGGAUGGCAAAUACUUCUGCCACCACUCGUAAAUAUUAUAGACCUGCAUUAGAUAAGAAGGCAUUAUUUACUCUGCAGGAUUUCGUCGAGAAUUUUGGGCGUGAACGUGGUUGGACAUUCGACGUCAUAAGUGUUUGCACUAGCCUUCAGGACAAGGUCCUAGAGAUGAGAGCCCUUUAUGGUAAAACUUAUUUAUAUAAGGUAUUACGAACUUCUGACGAGUGACUUUAUGGGACUUUUUAAAAUAGUAUUACAUCCUCCCCCCCCUCCCCUUCGCUCCCCCCCCCCCCCUCUCCCAAGUCCCGAAGAUGCGAGGAGGGACGGAUGAUGCUUUGCAGAACGACCACAGAUGAGAUAAGAGGCGAUAAAGAAAGAAAGUACUCAACAGAAGAAAUGUAAGAACUAAAGAAGGAGAAAUAACUAAAGGGGAAUGAAAGAAAUAUAAUAAGAACCACUUUUCCAAAGAACAUCGACGACGACGCCUAAGUCUUUACAUAUAAUUAAAUUCUCCUUGUUUUUUUUUUUUUUAAAUAAAUGUAGUUCAUAUAAAAGGUUUACGUAGUCAACUUAAAUAGGUAUUUUUUUAUUUUUUUUAUUUUACUAUUUUAGACUAAACUUAUAUAGUUAUUUAAUAUGUAUAGUUCUAGUAGAAUAAUCACACAUUUUCCUGCGGAGUGUUUAUUAAAACCGACUUUCGGGUCGUGAAAGCGAAAACGAAUUUAAGUGCAUUUAUAUUGUAAUACUCGUUAUUUUAAAAAUAGAAUAAAGAAUUUAAUACACACACACAAACACACAUUUACACACACCCACGCGAGCGCGAGUGUUUUUGUGCGUGGGUGUGUGUGUGGAGAGCCUGUUAAUCUUUAGUUACUAUGUCUUUAGUUAAUUAAAACUAUUACAUAAUAAGUUCUACUUUAGAGUAUAGAUAAAAAUGUAUUUAUUGUAAACCAAAAAUUAUGAAUUUUCAAGCGUUUAAUUUGAAAAGUUGUAAAUACAAAUACUUUGCAAUAAUGUUUGAGUUUUACGCCUGUAUUAAUAACAAAGUUUACCUCAGUUUAGCAACAAUAAAUUGUUGUUGUCAAUGGAUAAAAUAA